AAAAAUUAUCAAAUCUUGGCUGUGUAUUAAACGCAUGACCUAUUAGACAUCCGCGUGUGGGCGCAAUGACAAACAGCGGCAGAUCUUACGCAGUCAUAAACAGUUUAGUAUUCAAACUCCGUUCAGAAACUAGUUUUUAUCUUUAGAAUGUUUUUGUACCGUGUGAAUCUGCAACUGAAAGAGGAGAAGGUUAAUAAAUAAUGUUGUGAUUUUAUGUAACGUGUCUAGAUGGAAGAAUCGCUAUGAGAAAGUGAUUUAGUCAAAAUGUUUGUUUUAGUCCUUCUGACGUUAUGACUCUCCUCUCCUCUAAAUACGGCAAAUAUUUUGCCCGACAGAAUUAAUAAUGAAAUAAUCAUAUUAUGACACAUGCGUGUGUAACAAUAAAAAGAAAAUCGUUAGAUAUUUUCAUCAAUGAAAAUCAUUUGACAAUAUUUUUCAUCUUGAUACAGUAUUUCGCAGUAAAACGAUUUUAUAUAAAAAAAGAUUACUUCCUCGGUAACCAAAUGAUCAGGUUUUUGCCUCCGGUCAAGAUUUUAAAACCAGAUUAUAACGACUAUACUAGUUAGAAUCCUUCCGGAGUAAUUAUUUGUCAAAUGUAAAUAAGUAGAAAUAUACUAUUAAUGUCGUUGACCUUUUAUUUGUAUGGAUCGAGGUCUAAUUAUGGUUUAUUUUAGAUCGGACUUGGACGGCGAAAUCCAGAUAGACCGAGGAUGAGAUGGGCGAGACGAUAUAAAGAAGAUAGCAGGAAUAGAUGUAUGUGAAGGGUAGGAGGCAGAGGAGAAUGGUAUAAACAAGGGAUAUCUUGAACCCAGCAGUUUUUGCAAGGCUGAUGAUGAAGAUGAAAAAGCGAUUUAAUAGCUUCUAAUCCUACUACUAACAUGUAAAUGAAUAUUAUAUGUUCGUCGCUUCAUUCUUCAGAUACAGUUUACCAGGUAGUCCCUUUGACCUACAAGGCAGGAUUCGCACGUUGAGAGUAUCGAUUUUUAAUCGAUUACCCACUUUUUUUUUUUUUUUGCUUUGUCUUUGUGACAGUAACGGUUGAGCAGUCAACUCAUUCCUUUUUUCUGCGAGGCAGCGAACGCACGUAAUUUUGAUACAAGUUCAAAACUAUUUCUAUUUUUCCUUUCGUGUAGUAAUAUAACGCCAAUAUGCCUAAAAGGAAACGUGAGGCGAAGAUUGAGCAUUAUCAACGCAAAAUCAGGAAACUCCAAGCAAAAGAAGAUAAACGUAGACGAAUUAUUUAUACUUCGUCAGACGAAUCGGAUAAAUCAGAUAACGAAAAUAUACUCGAAACUGUAGUGGACCCGCAAGUAACGUCUGAUGUAACAAUAUCUAACCUGGAAGAGAGCAAUCAAGGUGAGGGUAGCGAAGAGCAGGCACCUGAGCUGGACCCAGAUACUCUAACCGCUCUAGGCGAAACAACCGAAGAGACACCGACGUUAGGUCCAAAAAUCCACGAUAAACUGUCAAGCCUCUGGUUGCCUAUCCUUAGGAAAGGCAUAAAUAAGGAGACAAAGGAAAAGCUCCUUAAAGAGUACCCAAUUCCAGAAAACUGUACCUUACUACAGGCACCGAAACUAAACCCAGAAAUAUCGGCCGCAGUAACUGAAGCCGCACGAUCUCGGGAUAAAAGGGUAGAAGCGGUGCAACAGCAACUAGGACGGGGUAUAGUUGCUCUUAAUAAAGGCUUGGAACUCCUCUUAGACGAUGGCAAUGAUCGGCUACAAGCUGUAAAAUUCCUAAGUAACAGCUGCCGUUUACUCUGCGAUCUACAUCACCAAGAAACCGAAGCAAGAAAACGGUUUAUUACACCCAGUCUUGACAAAUCUUUUCUAAAUAUUAUGCAAGACGUAGAACGCGAUGAACUGCUAUACGGCAAUAAGCUUUCGGACAAAAUAAAAGCUACCAAAGUUAUUGAGAAGCACGGUUUGCAAAUAAAAAAGCCUACUCCUCAACCUAAGACACCGUCAACAUUGCCAUUCACAAAUUUGCCACAUUCAUACCAAUCUUCACGCCCACGCCAUCAGGGAAACUGGACGGGCCCUCCUCGUUUCCCUCCAAACAGGGGGGGGAGGGGAGGGCAAAGGAAGCUGACUGCACCCACAAACCGGAGAACUCAACUAAGCAGCUCCUCACACCAGAAACCACCGGCGCAGCCCAAGAAGCCACGUGCAGUGGAUCAGCAAUAGAGAUCCCAUCACCGACUUCAUCGCAGCCUUUCCCUGGGGGCCGCGGUGCUCUCAGGGAAGCAUUUAGAAGAUUAAAUAAACCCGAAGUAGCUCUGGAUCUGAUGUUAGCAUCUAUUUCCCACAAUACCAUGAAACAAUAUUCAUCGACGCACAAAUUAUGGUGGUCUUUCUGUGAGAAAUCUUUAAUUGAUAGUUUCGAAGCCCCAAUAUCAUCAGUAAUAGUUUUUUUAGUUAAAUUAUUUAAUGAAGGUGCAUCCUAUGGAAGUCUUAAUAGUCAUCGAUCAGCCCUAUCAUUACUCCUCGGGAAUAACAUAGGUUCUGACGAGCGUAUCAAACGCCUUUUAAAAGGCAUGUAUAAACAAAAGCCAUCCCGACCUAAGUAUGCCACUACUUGGGACCCCAAAACGGUAUUAGACUAUAUCUCCAAUUGGUAUCCGAAUAAUGAAAUUAAUUUAAUCCAGCUAACAAAAAAGCUAUCAAUAUUAUUGGCCUUAUGCACUUCGCAAAGAGUACAAACAUUAUCUCUUAUUAAAAUCUCUAACAUUAGUAAGACUCCUACAGGUAUAAAAAUCCUAAUAUCAGACAUUAUAAAAACCUCCGCAGCCAAUCGAGAACAACCGGUACUCUGGCUACCUUACUUUUUAGACAAUCCAUGCAUAUGCCCAGCAAAAACCCUAGAAGAUUAUCUUUCAGUUACAGCCGGGUUGCGAACUGGCGAUAGCGAUAACCUAUUUCUAAGCCACCAAAAACCUUUCAAAACAGUUUCUUCCCAAACCAUAAGUAGGUGGAUAAAGCAGGUUCUUGCAGAGAGCGGCAUUGACGUUACCAUAUUUAGUGCUCAUAGCACACGUCACGCCUCCACCUCAGCAGCGUCCUCUGCAGGAGUCUGCAUUGACACCAUAAGGAGGACAGCUGGCUGGUCUAGCUCGUCUUCGACAUUUGCUAGAUUUUAUAACCGUCCAGUGAUCGACUUAGGGACGUACGCAAGAUCGGUCUUUGCUAUUGAUUAAAAAAUAAUAUAUUAAUUCACGCUAAUUAUUAAUUACUGAUGAAAACGUUGCAUUUUGAUUAUUCAUAAGAUAUAAAAGUUUUUGUUUACAAAUAAAAGUUUUUUAUAUUUAUGUUUUUUAUGUUUUUCUAACAUAUCUCUAAACAUCUACCUGGUAAACUGUCUCUGAAGAAUGAAGCGACGAACAUAUAAUAUAAGAUCAAACGAACUUCUGGAAGUGAAGUUCGAUCAUUAUUAUAUGAGUCGCUUCAUUCGAAGAUACAAAGUUCCCCCCCACCCAAA